GCGGGUGGCGGUUGGCUGCUCCUCGCACCUCCCCCUUGUGCCGCUACCGCCACCACCGAGAGGAGCCCGCAGCGACGCCAGAGCCGGGAAUCCGGCACGGGUUCUUCGGAGCUCCAGGCACUCUGUCACAUGGGAGUUGUAGUCUGCCAUGUACUGUCGACUAUGGGCCGGAGACGUAAGAAGACUACCAUUCCCAGCAGGAAUUGCGACUAGCCGGUCAACAAACGCUGAGGUCACGCCUUCUGAGCUUGCUCAUUGGAGAGCCUGUCCCUUAGCCCCUCCUUCUUGCAUUUCAUUGGCUACUGUCCCUCGCAGAGGCUGGGUUCCGGCCUAGAGUGCAAGACGACUGGGUACUGUAUUCGUCAUUCUGCACUAAAGCGGACUGCGAUUGGUCAAUGCUGGUGUCCAUUACUUAUUGCGGGGCAGGACCCUAGGCUGAUCAGGCGGUCGUAGGCUCAGGUGGACGAAAGAUGAAACCAAUGAAGAAGGCGUGCGCCGGCCUCCCAGGUUCUGGCAGCGGUGGCAAGUCCCCACCAGCCACCAGGGCCAAGGCCCUGAGGCGGCGAGGGGCUGGGGAGGGUGACAAGCCAGAGGAGGAAGAUGACGAGGCGCAGCAGCAGCAGCCGGGGCCAGAAGAGGCUGAGGAGGGUGAGGAGGAGGAGGCCGAGCAGGGCACUGGGGCGCAAGGGCUGCCCCCAGAGCUGCACCCCGACGACCCGGCCCCAGGCCCAGCCGAGGAACCCAAGGUGGAGGGCGAGGCAGGCCGCUGGGAGCCCUCACUCAGCCGAAAGACGGCCACGUUCAAGUCACGAGCGCCCAAGAAGAAGUAUGUGGAGGAGCAUGGGGCUGGCAGUGGCAGCAGUGGGGCGGCUGGUGCCCCUGAAGAGCGGGCACGGACCCCCGAGGAGGCGGGCACCCCGGGGGUGCCUCCGCAGCCACCCACCUCUGCCCGCUCCUCCUCCACCGACACAGCCAGCGAGCACUCGGCCGACCUGGAAGAUGAGCCGGCCGAAGCUGGUGGUUUAGGCCCCUGGCCCCCUGGCAGCGCCAGCGGUGGCUAUGACCUGCGGCAGCUGCGCUCCCAGCGGGUGCUGGCUCGGCGUGGGGACGGUCUCUUCCUGCCGGCUGUGGUGCGCCAGGUGCGCCGAAGCCAGGACCUGGGUGUGCAGUUCCCUGGGGACCGGGCCCUGACUUUCUACGAGGGGGCACCUGGCAGUGGUGUGGAUGUGGUUUUGGAUGCCACGCCACCGCCGGCUGCGCUGGUGGUGGGCACAGCGGUCUGUACCUGUGUGGAGCCCGGUGUGGCUGCCUACCGUGCGGGCGUGGUGGUGGAGGUGGCCGCCAAGCCAGCUGCCUACAAGGUCCGCUUCAGCCCUGGCCCCAGCUCCCAGCCGGGCCCGGCGGCCACCCCGCCGCAGCCGCCGCAGCGUGAGCCCGAGGACGCGGUGUGGGUGGCCCGCUCCAGCCUGCGCCUGCUGCGGCCCCCGUGGGAGCCUGAAGCCCUGCCGAGGAAGCCCCCGGCGGGUCCUGAGGAGGAGCAGGCCGAGCCGGGGGCCGCCCUUCCCCCUUGCCCUGCUGCCCUGGACCUCAAGCAGCCCGAGGAUGCCGAGGUCUCCAAGAUCAGCUUUGGUGGCCACCUGGGGGCUUGCGAGGAGGGUGAGGAGAAGCACCCGCCAGCCCUGGGCACCCCGGCCUUGCUCCCACUGCCCCCGCCCCAGCUCCUGUCACCGCCACCCAAGUCCCCAGCCUUCGCCGGCCCAGGCCGCCCUGGUGAGCAGCCCUCGCCCUGCCAGGAGGGGAGCCAGGGCGGCAGCCGCAGCAGCAGCGUGGCCUCCCUGGAGAAGGGGGCUGCACCGGCUGCCCGGGCCCGCACGCCACUGACAGCAGCCCAGCAGAAAUACAAGAAGGGCGACGUGGUCUGCACACCCAAUGGAAUUCGAAAGAAAUUCAACGGCAAGCAGUGGCGACGGCUGUGCUCGAGAGAUGGCUGCAUGAAGGAGUCCCAGCGGCGGGGCUACUGCUCCCGCCACCUGUCCAUGCGAACCAAGGAGAUGGAGGGCCUGGCGGACAGUGGCCCAGGUGGGGCUGGGCGGCCAGCUGGGGUGGCGGCCCGUGAGGGCAGCACCGAGUUCGACUGGGGUGACGAGACGUCUCGGGACAGUGAGGCCAGCAGCGUGGCAGCCCGGGGAGACUCACGCCCACGCCUGGUGGCCCCCGCGGACCUGUCACGCUUUGAGUUCGAUGAAUGUGAAGCGGCUGUGAUGCUGGUGUCACUGGGCAGCUCUCGCUCGGGCACACCCUCCUUCUCCCCCGUCUCUACGCAGUCACCUUUCUCGCCAGCCCCGUCACCCUCACCCUCACCACUCUUCGGCUUCCGCCCUGCCAACUUCAGCCCCAUCAACGCCUCGCCAGUCAUCCAACGCACUGCUGUUCGCAGUCGCCACCUCAGCGCCAGCACCCCUAAGGCAGGCGUGCUGACGCCACCAGACCUGGGCCCUCACCCACCCCCGCCUGCCCCCCGAGAGCGCCAUUCCUCUGGCAUCCUACCCACCUUCCAGACCAACCUGACCUUUACUGUGCCCAUCAGCCCUGGGCGACGGAAGACAGAGCUGCUGCCCCACCCAGGGGCGUUGGGGGCCCCUGGUGCAGCAGGCGGAGGAGCCGCCCCAGACUUCCCCAAGAGCGACAGCUUAGACUCUGGUGUGGAUUCGGUGUCCCACACACCUACCCCCUCCACACCGGCUGGCUUCCGUGCCGUGUCGCCCGCCGUGCCCUUCUCCCGCUCCCGCCAGCCCUCGCCGUUGCUGCUGUUGCCUCCACCUGCCGGCCUCACCUCGGAUCCUGGGCCUUCCGUGCGCAGGGUGCCUGCCGUGCAGCGGGACUCACCUGUCAUCGUCCGCAACCCCGACGUGCCGCUGCCCUCCAAGUUCCCUGGGGAGGUGGGCGCUGGCAGUGAGGCACGGGCCGGGGGACCUGGGCGGGGCUGCCGAGAGACUCCGGUGCCGCCCGGGAUGGCCAGUGGGAAGCCUGGCCUGCCCCCACCUCUGCCGGCCCCUGUGCCCAUCACUGUGCCUCCCGCUGCGCCGACGGCUGUGGCCCAGCCGAUGCCCACCUUUGGCCUGGCUUCCUCGCCCUUCCAGCCGGUGGCCUUCCACCCCUCACCUGCUGCCCUGUUGCCCGUCCUGGUGCCCAGCAGCUACACCAGCCAUCCUGCCCCCAAAAAGGAAGUCAUCAUGGGCCGGCCUGGGACAGUGUGGACGAACGUGGAACCUCGCUCUGUGGCCGUGUUCCCCUGGCAUUCCUUAGUCCCCUUCCUGGCCCCCAGCCAGCCUGACCCCUCCGUGCAGCCAAGUGAGGCCCAGCAACCUGCUAGCCACCUAGUGGCCUCCAACCAGAGCAAAGAACCUGCUGAGUCGGCGGCUGUUGCUCACGAGCAGCCACCAGGCGGGACGGGGAAUGCUGACCCCGGGCGGCCCCCUGGAGCUACAUGCCCUGAGAGCCCAGGGCCCGGACCCCCCCACACUUUGGGGGUGGUGGAACCUGGAAAGGGCACCCUUCCCACCACGGAGGAGGAGGCCCCUGGUCCUCCAGGAGAGCCCCGGCUGGACAGUGAGACAGAGAGUGACCACGAUGAUGCCUUCCUCUCCAUCAUGUCUCCUGAGAUCCAGUUGCCUCUGCCGCCUGGGAAACGCCGGACGCAGUCUCUCAGCGCCCUGCCCAAGGAACGAGACUCAUCUUCAGAGAAGGAUGGACGCAGCCCCAACAAGAGGGAGAAGGACCAUAUCCGGCGGCCCAUGAAUGCCUUCAUGAUCUUCAGCAAGCGGCACCGGGCCCUGGUCCACCAGCGUCACCCCAACCAGGACAACCGGACCGUCAGUAAGAUCCUGGGCGAGUGGUGGUACGCUCUGGGGCCCAAGGAGAAGCAGAAGUACCACGACCUGGCCUUCCAGGUGAAAGAGGCCCACUUUAAGGCCCACCCAGACUGGAAGUGGUGCAACAAGGACCGGAAGAAGUCCAGCUCAGAGGCCAAGCCUACAAGCCUGGGGCUGGCAGGAGGGCACAAGGAGCCAAGGGAGCGGAGCAUGUCGGAGACAGGCACCGCCGCUGCCCCUGGAGUGUCCUCGGAGCUCCUGUCCGUCACAGCCCAGACGCUCUUGAGCUCGGACACCAAGGCUCCGGGGAGCAGCUCCUGUGGGGCAGAACGUCUGCACGCAGUCGGCGGACCUGCCUCAGCCCGGCCCCGAGCCUUCUCCCACAGCGGGGUCCACAGCCUGGAUGGUGGGGAAGUAGACAGCCAGGCACUACAGGAACUGACUCAGAUGGUGUCUGGCCCUGCAUCCUACUCUGGCCCAAAGCCUUCCACCCAAUAUGGGGCUCCAGGCCCCUUUGCGGCCCCCGGUGAGGGAGGCACUCUGGCAGCCAGUGGGCGGCCCCCACUGCUGCCCACCCGGGCCUCCCGUUCCCAGCGCGCAGCCAGUGAGGACAUGACCAGUGACGAGGAACGCAUGGUCAUCUGUGAGGAGGAAGGGGAUGAUGAUGUCAUUGCUGACGAUGGCUUCAGCACCACUGACAUUGACCUCAAGUGCAAGGAGCGGGUGACCGACAGCGAGAGCGGAGACAGCUCUGGGGAGGACCCAGAGGGCAGCAAGGGCUUUGGUCGGAAGGUGUUCUCGCCUGUGAUCCGUUCCUCCUUUACUCACUGCCGUCCAUCGCUGGACCCUGAGCCCCCAGGGCCCCCAGAUCCACCUGCAGGCUUCGGCAAAGGCUACGGGCCCACCCCAUCCUCCUCAUCCUCGCCUGCCUCCUCCUCAGCCUCAGCAGCCACCUCCUUCCCGCUGGGCUCAGGGACCUUCAAGGCCCAGGAGUCAGGUCAGGGCAGCACAACAGGUCCCCUACGGCCCCCACCCCCUGGAACUGGGGGCCCAGCAACACCUAAGGCCACCCGGUUUCUCCCCACGGAUCCUGCCACCUUCCGGCGCAAGAGACCUGAAAGCGUGGGGGGCCUGGAGCCACCAGGCCCCUCAGUCAUUGCGGCACCUCCCAGCGGGGGAGGAAGUGUUCUGCAGACACUGGUCCUGCCCUCAAACAAGGAGGAACGGGAGGGCAGUGGAGCUCGCAUGCCCUCGGCCCCAGCCCCAUCGCUGGCCUAUGGGGCCCCAGCAGCCCCCCUGUCCCGCCCGGCCGCCACCAUGGUCACCAAUGUGGUGCGGCCUGUCAGCAGCACUCCUGUGCCCAUCGCCUCUAAGCCUUUCCCCACUUCUGGCCGGGCAGAAGCGUCUCCAAAUGACACGGCCGGUGCCAGGACUGAGACAGUCGCUGGGUCCCGGGCACCUGGGGGCUCCCCACUGGGCGUCAGCUUAGUGUAUUCGGACAAGAAGUCGGGAGCAGCCACCUCAACAGCCCCACAUCUGGUGGCUGGACCCCUACUGGGCACUGUGGGGAAGGCGCCUGCCACUGUCACCAACCUGCUGGUGGGCGCCCCGGGCUAUGGGGCCCCAGCGCCCCCCGCUGUCCAGUUCAUUGCCCAGGGGGGCCCUGGCAGCGGGACGGCUGCGGGCUCAGGAGCAGGUGCUGGGAGUGGGCCCAAUGGGCCAAUGCCCCUGGGCAUCCUGCAGCCAGGUCCCCUGGGCAAGGCUGGGGGAAUCACCCAGGUGCAGUACAUUCUGCCCACGCUGCCCCAGCAACUUCAAGUGGCGCCUGCCCCAGCACCAGCCCCUGGGACCAAGGCAGCGGCUCCCAGCGGCCCUGCACCCACCACCAGCAUCCGUUUCACCCUCCCGCCGGGCACCUCCACCAACGGCAAAGUCCUGGCUGCCACCGCACCCACUCCUGGCAUCCCCAUCCUGCAGUCCGUACCCUCCGCCCCGCCCCCCAAAGCCCAGUCAGUUUCUCCUGUGCAGGCCCCACCCCCGGGUGGCUCAGCCCAGCUGCUACCUGGGAAGGUACUAGUGCCCUUGGCCACCCCUAGCAUGUCAGUGCGGGGAGGAGGGGCCGGCCAGCCGCUGCCCCUGGUGAGCCCACCCUUCUCAGUACCUGUGCAGAACGGUGCUCAGCCACCCAGCAAGAUCAUCCAGCUGACUCCAGUGCCUGUGAGCACACCCAGCGGCCUGGUGCCGCCCCUCAGCCCGGCCACGCUCCCAGGACCCGCCUCUCAGCCUCAGAAGGUUCUGCUGCCCUCCUCCACCAGAAUCACCUACGUGCAGUCAGCAGGCGGGCAUGCGCUGCCCCUGGGCACCAGUCCUGCGUCCAGUCAGGCUGGAACAGUCACCUCGUACGGACCCACGAGCUCAGUAGCCCUAGGCUUCACCUCGCUGGGGCCCAGCGGCCCCGCCUUCGUGCAGCCCCUGCUUUCAGGCCAAGCCCCAUUGCUGGCUCCUGGCCAGGUGGGCGUGUCACCCGUGCCCAGCCCCCAGCUGCCUCCCACCUGCGCAGCCCCCAGUGGUCCCGUCAUCACAGCGUUUUACCCUGGCAGCCCCGUACCCACCUCCUCAGCACCCCUGGCCCAGCCAUCCCAGGCCCCCCCCGGCCUGGUCUACACCGUGGCCACCAACACCACCCCACCUGCUGCCACCAUCCUGCCCAAGGGCCCACCGGCCCCCGCCACUGCCACCCCGGCCCCUACCAGCCCUUUCCCUAGUGCCACAGCAGGCUCCAUGACCUACAGUUUAGUGGCCCCCAAGGCCCAGCGGCCCACCCCCAAGGCCCCCCAGAAAGUGAAGGCGGCCAUCGCCAGCAUUCCCGUGGGCUCCUUUGAGGCAGGUGCCCCUGGGCGGCCAGGCCCUGCGCCCCGGCAGCCGUUGGAACCUGGCCCAGCUCGUGAGCCCCCUGCAUCCGAGUCAGAGCUUGAGGGACGGCCAACAACACCAGCCCCUCCACUGCCCCCAGAGACCUGGGCUCCCCCGGCCCGGAGCAGUCCCCCGCCGCCCCCACCUGCUGAGGAGCGGACCAGUGCCAAGGGCCCUGAGACCAUGGUGAGUCUGAACCCAGUGUCCUCCAUCUCCCUGCCAUCCUCACCCCAGGCCAGCAAAUUCCCCAGCUCAUCUUCAGACUGGCGUGUCCCCGGGCUGGGCCUGGAGAGCCGAGGGGAGCCUCCCACCCCUCCCAGCCCGGCCCCGGCUCCAGCCCCAGCCCCUGGUAGCAGCGGCAGCAGCAGUGAGGGCAGCAGUGGGAGGGCAGCUGGGGACACCCCCGAGCGCAAGGAGGCGGCUAGUGCUGGCAAGAAGGUCAAGGUGCGGCCCCCGCCCCUGAAGAAGACCUUUGACUCUGUGGACAACAGGGUCCUGUCGGAGGUGGACUUCGAAGAGCGCUUUGCUGAGCUGCCCGAGUUUCGGCCUGAGGAGGUCUUGCCCUCGCCCACCCUGCAGUCUCUGGCCACCUCACCCCGGGCCAUCCUGGGCUCCUACCGCAAGAAGAGGAAGAACUCCACUGACCUGGACUCAGCCCCCGAGGACCCCACCUCGCCCAAGCGUAAGAUGAGGAGACGCUCCAGUUGCAGCUCGGAGCCCAACACCCCCAAGAGUGCCAAGUGCGAGGGGGACAUCUUCACUUUUGACCGUACAGGUACAGAAGCGGAGGAUGUGCUCGGGGAGCUGGAAUACGAGAAGGUGCCAUACUCGUCGCUGCGGCGCACCCUGGACCAGCGCCGGGCCCUCGUCAUGCAGCUCUUCCAGGACCAUGGCUUCUUCCCGUCAGCCCAGGCCACGGCAGCCUUCCAGGCCCGCUACGCAGACAUCUUCCCCUCUAAGGUCUGUCUGCAGCUGAAGAUCCGUGAGGUGCGCCAGAAGAUCAUGCAGGCGGCCACUCCCACGGAGCAGCCCCCGGGAGCCGAGGCCCCCCUCCCAGGACCGCCCCCCACUGUCACUGCUGCUGCCCCUGUCCCCACUCCCAGCCCUGCUGGGGGCCCUGACCCCACCUCACCUGGCUCGGACUCUGGCACGGCCCCGGCUGCCCCGCCAUUGCCUCCGCCCCCAGAGCCGGGGCCCGGACAGCCUGGCUGGGAGGGGCCCCCCCAACCCUCACCACCCCCCUCUGGUCCCUCCACAGCUGCCACAGGCAGGUGAGGGGCUCCUGAGAAGACCCCAGACCCACAGUACUCCCCUCAGGACACGGACAGUAUGUAGGUGGCAGGAAUGGGGGGGCAGGAUGGUUACCUCCUCCCCAGCGAAGCCAUUGCGUCCUUUCCAGUUUGGGACGGAAUGAGGCCUGCUCCUCUUGUCUAUCCCCCUCCCCCCACAGCUCCCUCCCUGUGAUGGGGGGCAGCUGAGGGGAAGCAGGGGGCACAGUCUCCCUCCGCCGAGCCCCUGUACAUAACCUGGAGUGUGUUACCUUCAGACCUUUUCACUUGUACUUUAUGCAAAAUGGCUCGUGUGAGGGCUGCAAGCUGGAGGGUAGUGUGGGCCUCGGGCCACAGGGAGGCACCUGUGGAGUAGGGGGAGUUCAUGUACCCCUUUUUUCCCCAGAGGGGCUGGACUCAGGUUAGUUUGGGGGUGGGGGCUCCUGCACUUUGCCACAGGCACGGGGAGGGUUCUCUCCCCACCCCCUCUGCCCUCCCAGCUUGGGUUGUACUUUCUAAGAAGGUGAUUCCCCGACCCUGUCCCCAUCCCCAGAACAAAACAUGUUGAUCAUGUGCAAUAUUUCUUACUGUGCUGAGAAGCCGCAAUGACCGAGAUUAAAGCUGUUUAACACA